GCGGAGACGCGGCGGCGGCGGGUCUGUAACGGUGGGACGGACCGAGCCUGCAGAUGGAAGCCUGUCCGUUCAUCAGCCGUUACUUGUUUUCCGCGGAUCUCAGGAGGAUGAAUUGACGAGUUGUGCUCCGGAGCUUCAGCAGCAGCUUUAACCAAGUAGAGGGAGAGAAACAGUUCAACCAGAAGCUGACGGCAGUGGCCCGCGCUCCUUCGUCCAGGGCCAUGGAGGAGGAGGAAAUGCAAAGUCUGGAGUGUAUCCAGGCCAAUCAGAUCUUUCCGAGGAAACCCCCUGUUCUGGAUGAGGACAAUCUACAGGUGCCUUUUCCUGAACUUCAUGGAGAGUUUACAAAGUAUGUGGGCAGGGCAGAGGACGCAGUCGUUGCCAUGUCCAGCUAUCGUCUGCACAUCAAGUUCAAAGAGUCUGUUGUUAAUGUUCCUCUGCAGCUGAUAGAAAGUGUGGAAUGUAGAGACAUAUUUCAGCUCCACAUCACCUGCAAGGACUGCAAGGUGGUCAGGUGUCAGUUCUCCACUUUCGAGCAGUGUCAGGAGUGGCUGAAGAGGCUUUCGUCAGCAGCACGGCCUCCGUCCCGCUUGGAGGAGCUGUUCUCCUUCGCUUUCCACGCCUGGUGUACCGAGCAGUACAGCAGUGAGAAGGAGCAGCACAGUGAUCUCUGCAGACCAGGGGAUCAUGUGACCUCUCGGUUUCGCAACGAGGUGGAGCGAAUGGGCUUUGACACACAGAACGUGUGGAGGAUAUCGGAGAUCAACAAUAAGUACAAGAUGUGUUCCAGCUAUCCACAGAUGCUUGUGGUGCCCGCCUGGAUCAGCGAUAAGGAGCUGGAGAAUGUGGCAGCCUUCCGCUCCUGGAAGAGGUUUCCAGCUGUAGUGUACAGGCACCUGAGCACGGGUGCAGUGAUAGCACGCUGCAGCCAGCCUGAGGUGAGCUGGUGGGGCUGGAGAAACGCAGACGACGAGCACCUCGUUCAGUCCAUCGCCAGAGCAUGUGCCAUGGACAGCAGCUCACCUAGAGCAUUCAUCAACGGCUCAUUCUCACGCGACUUCCCCAAUGGGCAUGACCUCUCAGAUGUGGACUUUGACUCUUCCAUGACAAACAGUUCGGAAGUUGAAUCUUUGGCCAUACAGCCUCAUAAGCUUUUGAUUUUGGAUGCCAGGUCUUAUGCUGCAGCAGUGGCCAAUAGAGCUAAAGGAGGAGGCUGUGAGUGUCCAGAAUACUACCCUAACUGUGAAGUGGUCUUCAUGGGCAUGGCCAACAUCCAUUCCAUCCGCAAGAGUUUUCACUCUUUGCGGUUCCUUUGUACCCAGAUGCCCGACCCUGCCAACUGGUUGUCAGCUCUGGAGAGCACCAAGUGGCUACAGCACUUGUCUCUGUUGCUGAAAGCUGCUUUGUUAGUGGUAAACGCCGUUGACCGUGACCGCAGGUCUGUGCUGGUCCAUUGUUCAGAUGGAUGGGACCGCACUCCUCAGAUAGUGGCACUGUCAAAACUUCUGCUUGACCCUUACUAUCGCACAAUCGAGGGUUUUCAGGUGCUGGUGGAGACGGAAUGGCUGGACUUUGGCCAUAAGUUUGCCGAACGCUGCGGGCACGGAGAGAACGCCGAGGAUCUGAACGAGCGCUGUCCUGUGUUCCUGCAGUGGCUGGACUGUGUGCACCAGCUCCAGAGACAGUUCCCCUGUUCUUUUGAGUUCAACGAGGCCUUUCUGGUGAAGCUGGUGCAGCACACAUACUCGUGUCUCUUUGGCACGUUUCUGUGUAACAGUGGGAAGGAGAGAGAGGACCAACACAUCCAGGAGAGAACCUGCUCAGUGUGGUCCCUGCUACGGCCAGCCAACCGCUCCUUUAAAAACAUGCUCUACUCCUCACACUCGGAGACUGUUUUGCACCCUGUUUGCCAUGUGCGUAACCUGCUGCUGUGGACAGCAGUGUACCUGCCCAGCUCAUCACCCACAACACCCUCAGACGACUCCUGUGCCCCAUACCCUCCAACUGGUGCCAACCCUGAAGACCAACCUCUGGGCAGGCGUCCCAAGACCCGCUCUUUUGAUAACCUGCCCAGUGCGUGUGAGGUCGGGAAUUCUCUGGCCUCCAACAGACGUUCCAGUGACCCCAGUCUGAACGAAAAGUGGCAGGACCAUCGCAGGUCCCUGGAAAUCAACAUAGUGACUGGAAAUGAUGACACCACCCCACCAGAACCAGAAGGGUGGCCAAAUGGCCAUCUGGGGGCGGGACUUAAUAGAUCCACACCUGAUAGUGAUGCAGAGAAUGGAGUGUGUUCUCAGGAUGUUAAUCGCUUGAGGUUGCCCGUAGGGGAGGGGGUGGAAGCCGAGCUGUCGGUGGGCAUGGCAGUGGGGCAGAUGGAAAAUAUUCUACAGGAGGCUGCAGCAGACAGUCUGAGAGAUGCUAAAGUGGAAAAUGCUAACAGUCUCGCUCUUCUCAGUGAUGCUGGGAUUCAGAACAGUUCUGAUGCUGAUUCGGCUGAGAUUAAGAGAAAUGGGGUUGUCAAGGGGUUUGAGGUGCCUUCACAUAAUGGCAAUGAAGGUCUGAAUGAGGCAAAACUCAAUGGAUUCUGUUUAGCGACCGAAGACAAGUCAUGUGAUUCAGUGACACAGUUACCUCAGGCUCCAGGUGAAUUGAAUGCCACAGAGAAUCAGGAAGUGGACGAGCUUGGGCAAGACGUUUUGGAGAAAUGCACCACAGGGGAGGAUUCAAAUCCUCACAGCACUUUAAGUCCUGUUCACUCCACCUCUCCCACCAUCAGAACUAUGACUAAUGGCUACGGGAAAGAGUCCAACAUGGAGUGCAGUACACUCAUUCCAUCACCAGAGACCACACAACCUGUUUCAGAAGCUGCUGAGAAGCGUCUGUCUCUUCUAGAAAGCUCCACAGAAACGCUCACUGAAGAUCCGGGCAACCGAGUAGAGACUCUCGUACCCACGCCCAUCUCUGCACAGCCCGAAACAGAACCCACGUGCCUGAAACGCAGCCCUGAAUCAGAUCACGAGUCGCACGGCACUCCUAGAAUAUUAAACGGUGCCGCCAGGCAACCGUCCCUCGGUGCCUUCCCUUUCUCCUCCGCUCCAGCCGAACCACUCCACCCCGUGUGUAACGGUGACUCCUCCGACCCAGAGCCCUCCACCCCUCAGAGAGCUCUUCUGAGUCGCCAGCUCUCCGUGACCAGUUGCAGCUGCUCCGCCCAGCGCUGCACGCACUCGGGACGCAGCCACCUGGACGACGACGGCCUCACGCUGCACACGGACGCGGUGCAGCAGCGCCUGCGCCAGAUCGAGGUCGGUCACCAGCUCGAGGUGGAGGCUCUGAAGAGGCAGGUGCAGGAGCUGUGGAGUCGGCUGCAGAGCCAGAAAACGGCAGUGAUGCAGCGCUGCCUUAACGGAGACCUGGGAGAUGAAGUGACCUCAAUUGCAGACUCCGACUUUAACCUGGACCCAAACUGCCUGUCUCGCUGCAGUACAGAGCUCUUUUCAGACACCAGCUGGGAACAAGUAGACAAGCAGGACACAGAGGUGACCCGGUGGUACCCCGAUCAUCUGGCUGCACAGUGUUACGGCUGUGAGAGAGGAUUCUGGCUGGCCACUAGAAAGCAUCACUGCAGAAGCAAGGAGUGUGUGGAGGAGGCCUGGAACUGUGGCAACGUGUUCUGCGCCAGCUGCUGCGAUCAGAAGAUUCCGGUGCCAAGCCAGCAGCUGUUUGAGCCGAGCCGCGUGUGUAAGGCGUGUUUCAGCAACUUACAGUUACCAGCUCCACCACUGGAACUGGAGUUUGAGAAGCCCAUCACAGCCAGUUCCAACUGACGUCCAACUGAGCGUUUCUUGAUACGCCGACCGGAACGUGUGUGUCCAGCAACCGAGGGAGAGACAGUAGAAGCUUCCGGACACUAGACGCUCUUUCUCAGAUGUUGCUGUAGAGGGCUGCAGCUUUUUUGCUCCAUGUGAAAGCGAGUGUGUGUGUAUAUAUGGAGUGGAAGGUGCCCGUGGCAGACGCAGGAGGUUGGGGGUAUUUAAAGCACCAUGGGUGGCAGAUUCUUGCUGGUUUGGAUAGUUGAAACACGCACAGAUUUUUUAGUGAACUGCUGAACAUACUGCUGAGGACGAGGACGCACUCGAGAGGUGGAUUUUUGUUUUGCUCUUUAUGAAAAGCAAAGCUUACCUGGUUUUAUGCUGCAGACGGGGAUAAGGGCUGAUUCUGAGUGGCCAGCAUUAUUUGGGACUUUAUUAUUUUGCUUUAUUUUAUCAUCUCACUAAGAGGUUUUGUUUAGUUGCUGGACUGAGAGUGUACGAUGUUUGAGGGAGAAAUCAGAGGGUUUGGUUCUACUCCUAGCUUUGCUUUGAGUCUUUAUACAGUGCUGCUGUGUAGAUGACAUUAUUUCAGCUAUCAAAAACUCCUCUAAUUCCUCAACUGAGGAUUUUUGAGUUUUGACCAAAUGUUUUAGGACACGAUGUUUAUUUACAGUCCUUUCUUAUUUUAUUUAUUCAUUUUCUCCCAAUUUAGUGUGUAGUCAUUUUGUCUUCUGCUGCUGAGGGAUCCCUGAUCGCAGUCUAGGUGGGUAUAUUGCUGCUCACGCCUCCUCCGACCCGUGCACAGCCCUUAGCGGACCUUUUCUUUUUCGCCCAUGCACUCUCACAGGUGCCUGUAUCUGCUAAUCAGGGUCCUUAGGGGGUUUGUGUGGGAAUUUGUAUUCAUUAGAGGUCCCUCAAACGAGCCAGUCACUGUCCAUGUGGGUGCUUGGCCAUCCAAUAGCAGAGCUUAGGAUUCAAACACGCAAGCUCAAAUUGUCAGCACUGCUGGCCCAGCGUGCCUUACUGUUGCGCCCGUUGCUGGCUGUUUGAGAGGAUGUCGUAGCUCACAUUAAAUAAUGUUUAUUAAAUCCUAAUCAGGGUCCUUACACAGCGUUUGAAGACCCCACCCACAUAGUCUGGUCAUCCCGCCCUAGCAGAGACGUUUCUGCUGCAGGCACUGCCAGUUAUGCCCGCUAGAUGGCGCCCAGCCGACUGAGGAGUUCAGAACCUCACAGUCCUGUUUUUACCCCGUUUCCUAAUUUGUCAUGUAUCAUCAUCAGUAAUAUUUAAAACACAUUUGUCACCCCCUGUGGACUGACUGAUCUUUCGGUGCGGUCGCCACGUCCCACAAGUUUAUAAUUCUAGCUGAAUGGACACGUGUGCUCAGUUACAGAUACCAGAUUCUCCUCCAUUCAGCUCGUUUACCUGUUUCAGUUUGUAAAGAAUUAGGGAUUUUUUCUUUACAGUCCUCUGUCAAAUCCUCAGUAAAAACAGAGUUUAAGCAAAAGCUUUUUCGCAGCGUAACCUCUCGUGCUUGUUUGCCACGUUCAGUUCUCUAAUCCUUUUGUAACAUAAUGCGAAACAAAUUUAGUAAUAUAUAUAUAUGAAUAAAAUAUAAAUAUAUAUCGUUUAAGGAAAAAAUAAAUUGUAUAGAAUUCUUGAAGAGUGACAUUUGUCAUGAGAAGUAUAGCAGCUUGUUUUUGAGUUGUAUCUAUUUUAUUUUUUUUCAGCAAAGAAAUGAAAGUUGUGUGGGGGGUGUAGUAGCGUUUUGAGGUUUGUUUUGUGGAAAUGCAGUCCCUGCCAGAGUUUUGCCCAAAUAUUUAUCAUUAUUUUUUUAUAUUUUCUUUAUGCAUUUUCUCCCCUUUUUCUCCCUUUUAGCGCGUCCAAUUUCCCGAUUGCGUCACGCUUCCUCUCCACCAAUGCCGAUCCCCUCUCUGAUUGAGGAGAACGAAGCUAACCCACGCCCCCUCCGACACGUGAGCAGCAGCUGUAUGCAUUUCGUCACCUACACUUGACGAGUGCAAUGCGGAUCAGCACUGUGUACGGAGAGACACCCUGAUCAGCACUCUUUCCUCGUCUCUGUGCAGGCGCCAUCAAUCAGCCAGCAGAGGUUGUAGUUAUCGCAUUAGUUAUGAGAGAGAGACCCUAUCCAGCUUUAAUAUCCCACCCCUAUCUGAACAACAGGCCAAUCGUUGUUCAUGUGGCCGCUCAGCCCAGCCGGCAGGCAGAGCUGAGACUCGAUACGAUGUAUUCGAGAUCCCAGCUCUGGUGUUCAGCAGUGAUAGCUCAGUGGUUAAGGUACUGGACUAGUAAACAGAAGGUUGCCGGUUCAAGCCCUGCCACCACCAAGUUGCCACUUGGUCCCUGAGCAAGGCCCUUAACCCUCAAUUGCUCAUCAUGUUCAGCUCAUUGUGUAAGUCGCUUUGGAUAAAAGCGUCUGCUAAAUGCUGAAAAUGUAAAAUGUUUUACUGCUACGCCACCUGAGCGGCCCAAAUAUUUAUUAAUAACUUUACUUUUGACAAUUAUUUUGCAAUCUGACCGUUUACCUGCCACAUGAUAAUCGGUGUUUGAUGAGUAGAGGUCUGAUUGCUGACCGUCGCAUAUUAGCUGCCUAUUAACUGACCCCAGCAGACACAGAUCACAGUUUCACAUCAACCUUUAGAGCUUUUAUUUAGUAACACAUACACUCAUGAUCAUGUGUUUUUCUUUCAGUCCAUUCUGAGAAAUGAUUAAAAUGACCUUCGUUGUUUAAACUCGAUCUUAUUUCACAGACUGUCUGAGCUCAGAUUAAAGUUUCAUUUCUGUCUGAAUUAAAGUAAAAGCUUUUCAUCUCAUCCGUUUCUUUGCUGAACUAGGAAUAAAUUCUUUGAUGGAUGAAAUAUGUGGGUGUAAUUGCUGGACUUGUUAGCAGGACGUUGCUCGAUGUGACUGACUUAAGGACUUUAUUGCUAUAAUCAAUCCAUGAAUGUGAAAGAGAAUAUUCCCGGGUUUAUUUUUUUGCACAAUAACCAUCUAAAAUACUCUGUUCAACUUACAUGAGAAUAAAUCUGAAUAGAAAAUGUCAUCAGUCCAUGUCCUUUUUUUUUUUUUCAACUUUACUGUUUAUCUUUGUCAAGGUCAUGGUGGAUCCAGAGCUUAUUUUGGAAACACUGGACAUCACACACUAAACUAUUCACUCACUCUUGCUGGCAUCUUUUAGAGAAGGUGGAGGAAACUCACUUGAACUUGUAGAACUUGUCAAUCCACACGGCUGUUAAGCAGAGGUAAGUAUAAAACCUGUCAUGUAUUAAAAUAAGCCUUAUGUAAUAUUUAUAUAGGGUGGCUCGGUGGGUGGCACUGUCGCCUUACAGCAAGAACGUCCUGGGUUUGAUUCCCAGGUGGAGCGGUUCGGGUCCUUUCUGUGUGGAGUUUGCAUGUUCUCCCCGUGUCAGUGUGGGUUUCCUCCAACAGUCCAAAAACGUGCAAGGAGAUACAAAAUUGUCCAUGACUGUGUUUGAUAUUAAACUGUUUAACCUGUA